AAUGCCCAUGCACUCUCUCCAGGCACACACACACACACGCUGCUUAUCGAUCGCAUACAAAGAGACGAACGCGACGCUAUAAACAGCAGUUCAUUUUCAAAGUUCCAACAAGCAGCACACGAAAGCAGCGUUCGAAAAGUCAAUAAAUCGCACUGCAAUAAACAGCCGUCAAGAUGAAAUUCUUCAUUGCACUCGCUCUCUUCGCGUGCCUCGGCUCUCUUGCCCUGGCCAGCAACGAAGAGUACUGCCAGAAUACCGUAAUCACGGCCUGCUCUUCCUCGGCCUUCUCCGGCAACUCCAUCUGUAACGCCCGCUUCGCUGGCAUUGACCACGUGGAGCCCGAGAUCCAGUCGUACAUCAACGCCCAGCUGGCCAAGUCCUACGACUACCUGCUGCUGGCCACCCACUUCAACUCGUACCAGAAGAACCGGCCCGGCUUCCAGAAGCUGUACCAGGGCCUCUCGGACCGCUCCUUCGACGACAGCAUUGCCCUGAUCAAGCAGGUGACCCGCCGUGGUGGCAUCGUGGACUUCAACACCCGCCACGAGUCCGCCGGCUCGGUGAGCACCAAGCGCGGCACCCUGGAGGUCGAUGAACUGCACUCCCUGGCCCUGGCCCUGGAUACCGAGAAGCAACUGGCCGUCGGAGCUACCCACGUCCACUCCCGCGCCACCCACGCCGCCGACGGAGACCGCGACCCCGAGCUGGCCCACUACCUCGAGGAGAACUUCCUGGGCAAGCAGGCCGAGACCGUGCGCAAGCUGUCCGGCUAUGCCAACGACCUCGCCAAGCUGAUGAAGGUGCCGGACCCAUCCCUGUCCGUCUACCUGUUCGACGAGUACCUGCAGAAGCAGUAAGGAGCGGUCUCCACCUACUCCUCCUCCAAACUUUUCCCUCAAAAUUGCUCUCAUAAUUCCCCUAUAAAUUAGUUUGUUUCCUUGGUUUGUUCAUCAAUAAAUCGCAGUGCAGCAGCAACACUAUCAAAGCAGCCAAAAAUGAAUGAUUUACACCCCCUCCACGAGUCCACCUUGAUUUACCAGCACACCAGAUUGUGAUAAUGUUAUCAUGAAUAAGUUAGCAAGUUCGCCCCAGCAAAUGUAUCUUUAGCAUGUACGUUACCGCUUGAACAAAUAAACACAACAAGUAACUGACUAUCAACUAGUAGAA